CUUUAUAUACACAGACAAUUGUUAUUUUGCUCAUUCUGCUUCAUAUUCACUCACGGUUAACUUGCGCUUUAUUGUUGUACUGUUGAUUUAAAGUAAAGAUGGGUCAGACUUUUGCUAAGUGCUGCAAAAAAGAUGAAUCUAACGAUAGCAGCAGUGUGUACGAAUUACCUGCGGUUGCAAUCGACGACGUGAAAGAGAAAGAAGGAGGAAAGAAGAAGAAGAAAAAUAAGUUUCUGAGAUGGAUAAAAGGCCGCAGAGUUCAUCCGGCUACAGAAACACCUCCUGCGACCGCUGACAGGAGCGGUGAUGAUGUCAUUUCAGGACGUCAUCUCACUGGAGAAACUGAGGCGACUCCAGCCGUCACAGGUCCUGGAGUCCCGGUAUCUCCAGACCGCUCUGUGUCCCACUCCGUUGAUGAUGUCGUUCAGAUUGUCAGUAUCAUCCAGAGUGACCGGGAUAAAGAUGACCCUCCAAAAUCAUUCAGUCGAGAGUCAGACUGGGAACAGGAAAUCCAGCAAACUCCAGUGAAUCAGCCUGAGGAGAAGCUGGAAUAUGAAAAGAAGAUGAAUGGGUCAAUAGAAGAAAUCAACUCCUGGCUGUAUGAGAUUGGGAAUCAGCUGGGUCAAGGAGGAUUUGGGACCGUGUAUGAAGGCACCCGCCUCAGCGACGGCUUGAAGGUGGCAGUGAAAUACGUCGUCAAGGACGAGGACACAGAUUACAUCAGCAUCCCGGGUUAUGAUGAACCCAUUCCUAGAGAGGUCGCUCUUCUGACUCUCGCCAGUAAGGGAAAUGCUCAAGAGAUCAUUCAGCUUCUUGACUGGCAGGACUUUGAGAAGAAUUACAUCAUGGUCCUGGAGCGCUUCACUCCCUGUGAGGAUCUGUCUAGAUUCCUCUAUAAAGAAGGGAACAAAAUUGACGAAGGGAGAGCGAGAGUCAUCAUGUGGCAGGCGGCAAAGACGGCGUACAUGUGCUGCAAACGGGGAGUUUUCCACCGAGAUAUCAAAUUGGAAAACUUCCUCAUCAACACCGACACCCUACAAAUCAAACUUAUUGACUUCGGGUGCGGUGAUUUUCUCAAGACGUCGGCCUACACAGAACGCAUCGGCACAGAGGAAUACUUUGGCCCAGAAUUCUUUGAAACGGGCAAGUACUACGCAAAGUCCACAACGGUGUACUCGCUGGGUGUCCUGCUGUUCACCUUGUUGUGCGGGAGAUUCCCAGACUCCAUCGACAAGGACCAGAUGAAGAACAAGAUCUGGUCUGUACAUGGCUUCUCUAAAGAAUGCUGCAGUUUAGUUGAAGCCUGUAUGAUGGAGAACCCGAAAGAACGCAUUCCUCUGAGAGAUAUCUGCGGCCACAAGUGGUUUCAGAGCAGACAUCAGACAGCCCAGCAGCAGAAAAUCACUGAGAGUCCAGCCGAAAAUGACGUCAAUAGACUUUCAGAAGGAGAGAUUCUACCCCCACUCGCUAGUGUCAGUCAGUCUGAGGACAAGAAGUAUAAGUGUAUUGAAGAAAUCCACUCCUGCCAGAAUGGGAUUGGGAAGAAGCUGGGUCAAGGAGGAUUUGGUACCGUAUGAAGGCACUCGUUUGACCGACGGCUUGAAGAAUGCUGCAGUUUAAUUCAGUCGUGUCUGGGCUGCCGGCCGAUUCGCCGGCUGGGCCGCCGGCCGAUUCGCCGGCUGGGCCGCCG